UAUUGUUGUUAAAAACUGAUGCAUUCUUUAAUUUCAGAGAAGAUGUUAAAAAUAUUACUAAUUAGUUUACUUCUUGGUCCUGUCUGGUCUUUCUACCUUCCAGGACUGGCCCCUGUAACGUACUGCAAAAGUGCCGAUGUUACGACUUGUCAGAACGAUAUUAAGUUGUUUGUAAACAGACUUAACUCUGAGGAAUCAGUCAUUCCAUUCGAAUAUCAUCAUUUUGAUUUCUGUGAGGCUGCAGAAGACAGUUCUCCAGCUGAGAACUUGGGACAGGUUGUGUUCGGAGAGCGUAUCCGUCCAUCUCCGUAUACUAUCAAGUUCGGUGAACCUCAAACCUGCACGAUCCUGUGUGCUACGAAGAAGUACAGAUCGAAUGAUGCUGAAUCAGUGAAGAAGCUAGCGCAGCUGAAGAAGGGAAUAUUCAUGAAUUACCAACAUCAUUGGAUAGUUGACAACAUGCCAGUAACAUGGUGCUAUCAGGUUGAAAACCAGAUGCACUAUUGCUCUACAGGGUUCCCUAUGGGUUGCUACGUGGAUAAGGAGGGAAAACCUAAAGACGCAUGUGUUAUAAGUCAUGAAUAUUCUCAAUCCGACACCUACUACAUCUUCAACCAUGUUGAUAUUACUAUAAGUUAUCAUAACGGACAGGAUGAGGACUGGGGUAAAUAUUUGGGAAAUGUUCUGGGAGGACGGAUUGUUGCUGUCAAGCUUGUUCCUCGCUCCAUUAACCACGAGGGGGCAGAGAAAGGGAAAUGUACGGACCCGGCGGCAAAACCAAUGGCAAUCCCAGCGACAGGAACAGCUGACAUCGAUAUAACAUACUCGUACUCAAUAACCUUCCAGCAAAACCAGGCAACCAAGUGGUCUAGCAGAUGGGAUUAUAUUCUCGAGUCUAUGCCUCACACAAACAUUCAGUGGUUCUCUAUUCUCAACUCUCUUGUCAUAGUUCUCUUCUUGUCCGGAAUGGUGGCAAUGAUCUUGUUGAGAACUCUUCACAAGGAUAUAGCAAGAUACAAUCAGAUUGAUAGCGGAGAGGACGCACAGGAAGAGUUUGGUUGGAAACUUGUUCAUGGAGAUAUUUUCCGUCCUCCUAGGAAAGGAAUGUUGCUCUCUGUUUUCCUUGGUUCUGGUAUUCAACUGUUCAGUAUGGCUUCAAUAACCCUUGUGUUCGCUUGUUUAGGUUUCCUAUCUCCUGCUAACCGUGGAGCUCUAAUGACCUGUGCCCUGGUUCUCUAUGUGUGUCUGGGAACCCCAGCUGGAUAUGUUUCAUCUAGGAUCUAUAAGAGCUUUGGAGGAGAGAAAUGGAAAUCUAACGUUCUACUCACCAGUAUGCUUUGUCCCGGGAUAGUAUUUGCACAUUUCUUCAUCAUGAACUUGGUUCUCUGGUAUUACGGAAGCUCCGCCGCUAUACCCUUCUUCACCUUGGUGGCUCUACUCGCUCUCUGGUUCGGGGUCAGUGUACCGCUAACCUUCGUCGGAGCAUACUUUGGAUUUAGGAAGCCUGUUAUUGAGCAACCGGUACGGACCAACCAGAUCCCUAGACAGAUUCCAGAUCAGAGCAUUUACACUCAGCCGAUCCCGGGAAUAAUUAUGGGAGGAGUUCUCCCCUUUGGAUGCAUCUUCAUUCAACUCUUCUUUGUUCUCAACUCUAUCUGGUCCUCACAGAUCUACUACAUGUACGGAUUCCUAUUCCUAGUGUUUCUGAUCCUAGUUAUAACCUGCUCUGAGACCACUAUUCUACUCUGCUAUUUCCAUCUCUGUGCCGAGGAUUACCACUGGUGGUGGCGUAGUUUCUUGACCAGCGGUUUCACUGCCCUCUACUUAGCUAUCUACUGUAUUCACUACUUCUUUACUAAACUGGACAUAGAGGGAGCUGCUUCUACCUUCCUGUACUUUGGAUACACCAGCAUCAUGGUCUUCUGCUUUUUCCUUCUUACAGGAUGUAUCGGAUUCUUCGCUUGCUUCUGGUUCGUCAGGAAGAUUUACAGUGUUGUAAAGGUUGAUUAAACUCAUCAUUCUAGCUACAGAGUCCGGGCAAGCUUGUGAAGAUUGAGAUCCAACACUUCGUGUUCUGCACCUUUAGUUAAAUAUGCUCACCUAUAGAGUGUGUGUGAUGGAGUGAGACGAAUAAAAGGUUCAAGAAAAGCUAGAACUGUGAUAAUAAAUUUUCAGUUAACUUUUUGUCAUCUAAAUUUUUUCAUCUCACGUUUAUUUGAUAUUUAUCUCCUUUAAAAUGUAAAAUAAAAAGAUCCAUGACUUAAA